AUGUAAGGCCCGCACUGUUAGGAUAGACUUCUAGGAUACGUUUGUAGACACCGAAGUGUCGACUUUACCUAACACGGCAAAUCCCGCACCAUACUUACUAACCUGUAAAAUAAUUUCUAAUUUUUAAGGAGACUAUAGUUCAUUUCAUAGUUGGCAAAGCUAGAGCUUAUUUUUGUUUUCAGACGAACCCGUUAACUAGCUCAGUAGCUUUAUUUCCCUUCUAAACAAUAGUGUAUGAUUAACUUUAGGGCUGAACUGAUCAAGUGUGUAACAGUGUGCUCUAGAAAAAAAAGGUUUGAAAAAGCCUACAUGUGAUUGUUGCAGUUUGAUAUCGUAGUCUGAAAGAUGGGAGGAUGGUUCUCAAUGUUCGAUCACGGAACACCUGAAGUUGCAGUAUUUGAAAAAGGCAAUAAAACAGAAAAAGAAGAAAGUAUAAAAGGUUGUCUCAAACCCCACAAUAACCAAUUAACAACCUCAGAAUUCACAAUUAACAGUUUACCUGAAGGCUAUCAAGAAGAUGACCUCUAUGAACUGGUCAAUUAUAUAGCUGACUUCACAGUACGUAUAUCAGUUAAUUUUAGCAGCAAAAAGCGACUAAACUUUUGGCAACAAGCUAAGGUUCAAUUUCAAGGCAAUAAUAGAGGUGAGCGCCAUAGUGGUAGUGGUAGAAUUGCAGAUGUUUAUCAAGAUACAAACGAGAUUAAAACUUGCUUGUGCUCUAAUUGCAUAAAUGGAACUAAGAAUAAUGCACCAAAAGAAAUUUGGACCGUUGUAGUAUUCACCGCCACACACGUCGUUUUUGAUGAUUCGGAAGCAAGAAGAUCCGAGUGCAAAUUGUUUUACGAUACAAAAGAUGGAAUGUUUAAGCAACUUAAUGUCAGUAAGUGUCGUUGGAGGAACGUCGCUGGUGAUUUGUGCUUCAUUGAAUGUGUCACCUGUGACAGCAAGUUUGCUAAUGAAAUUAAAGCAAAGUUCAAAAGAUUUAAUGAGCUGUGGAAAGGUAUUCGUGAUAGGUAUGCACUGGAACAAGAACAUGACAGCAAACGUUUGGUGGUGAUUGUAUCACACCCUCACGGGAAACCUCAAAAGAAAAUCUCAGUAGGACGUCUUCAAAAAAAAUAUGACCGUCAUUUAAAAAAUGAUCUCGGCUAUCAAUUGUUCUAUGACUCACCUACCUGUAAGGGUAGCAGUGGGGCGCCAGUUUAUCUCUACGGACAAGACUGGUUUCAAGAAGAGUACGUCCAUAGUGGUACUAACAAAAAACAGUUAAAUUACAGCACCACUUGGUGUCCCAAGAGAGACGAAGCAGAAUAAGUAAGGUAGCAAGGUGUUUUACGAUGUUUUACUUUAUCUGCAUAAAGCGCACAUCCCAUUUCGUUUUUUGUCUAAGUGUGAUAGGUUUAAAUGUUUUCAUUUUCUUAAGUAAAAUUCUUCCUGCUCUAAUACUUUUACCCCCCCCCCCCCAAAAAAAAAAAAAAAGUCUUAUAGGUCUUAUAAUUCAUUAUAUUCCCCAACAUAAACUAAAAAUGUAAAUCUUUCUAAAAGUACUUUAAGUUAGUUUUUUAGUAAAAUAUGAUGCUCAACCUAUAUCUAUAAAGAUUAAAAAAAAUGAUUAGGGUAAAAAAAAAAGGCCCCGUAAGACAUAAUAGCUUCAAAACAUUGAAGAGCGUUCCUUUAUAAACCGUAGAUGUUAAUCAAUUGCUCAUUCUGCUUUUAAGGCUUAUGAAGUUAUCUAGCUUUUGACUCUGUCAUGUUGAUAAACUUCUAAAGCUUUCUUUUUUAUUGUAAGCAAAGCAUUUCUCUCGACUUAGAUUGAGUUAUUGUUAAUAUCUUAUCUUAUAAAAUACAGACCUUACUUCAAAAAAAGAAGAUGAUUACGUCCUACGCGACAUGUAUCUAGUCCGGUACGUGACGUUUUGGCGCCGCCGUUUUGGCGACGCCGUUUUGGCCCCGCCGUUUUGGCGACGGGACGUUUUGGCGCGAGCCGUUUUGGCGACGGGACGUUUUGGCGCGAGAUAUCAUUUGACGAUAAUUUAAUAAGCACGUAACUUUUAUAAUAAUGUUUAUUUCACUCUACCAUAAUAUUGUAUGUAUAGUAUGAAUUCUAACACCGUUCAGCGAAUUGUUGUUUUUUUUUAAUUAUAAAGGUUUUGCUUAUUUCAUGAAUAUAGGCCUAUAAUAAGUCAGAUUCCUGAAUGGUUAUGACAUGCUAUAUGUGAGUUCUGCUAAUCGCACUGGAUGACAUUUUUGGAUUUCUUUCCAAAAGAUUUAGUUUUUUAUUUGACAUUAGUGUAAUAUACGAAUUAGCUAAGUCUCACACUGUAAUAUAACAAAACAUCAAACGCUCUAUUACGCUGAAUGACGACAAUAACUCCACACAUAGUAAAGAUCAAGACUCGGAAUGUGGUCAGUACAAACUCUAACGUGAAUCCACAAAUAUAAACAAACACUCUGGGCGACAAUAGAUAGAAACAAAUUCAUGACACUAAGAUACUUUGAAAAGAUAUAUUUUGAGAAAUUGGGUAGGGGUGAUUUGGGUGACACAUCUCGCAUUGACGCAGGUAGAGUUAAACAAAUGAAGACAAGACCAGCACCGAGCACUGGUCGUUGGCGUCAUGCGUCUGGCGAUCAUCUCCUUGGGAAUGGUCAUUACAUGUGACACCUGUCCCGCCCCCUCUUUUCUGCUCACAUUUCACUCCUUGUAUAUACUCUUUCCUCCACCCCUCCCCUCUCUCACGCGUAAGACGAUAAUCUGUUUCUAGCACUCCACUUGACAUCCCUAGGUGCGAAUUUAUAAUCCUUAAUCUUUAAUUCCGAGAGCGGCCCAAAGUCUACAUACCAAAGUCAUUAAAUAAACCAAUGUUAAUGUAAACAAAUAAUUGCAUCAAUUUUUAAUCUAUCAUUGUUUCAUUUUUUUUUAUUUUUUUUUUAAAUUUUAAAGUAAUAUCUUAAUAAACUUUUUUGAAAAUAAAAGUGUGCCUCUUAAUAAACACACAUACACAAGCCAAAAUGUUUAUUAAAUAAAAUGAUGUGAAACACAAACACACAUUUACAUUUAAUACGUGAAAAAUAUGUCUUAACACAAACACUUAUGCAAAACAUAGAUAUGAAUAAUUCUUUUAAAAGAAAUAAUACAAUAAACGUACAUAAUGUAUAUCGCGCCAAAACGUCCCGUCGCCAAAACGGCUGGCGCCAAAACGACCUUCGCGCCAAA